AUGACUUCGUAUCUGCGUCAAAAAUUCCAGUCUUUCCAAAUUGGUUCAUCAGACGUAAAAGAAGACAGCUUAGAAGAUCAAGAAGAGGUAGAACGCAGUAAGAUUGGAAUCAUGAGAUCUUGUGUCGAAGCUCAAGAUCCCUCCGCUAAGGAAGCUGAUGAUUUUAUGAUCCGUAGAUUUCUCCGAGCUCGUGAUCUAGACGUUGAAAAGGCUUCAGCUAUGUUUUUGAAGUACCUGAGUUGGAGGAAAGAAUUUGUUCCAAAUGGUUUCAUAUCACCAUCUGAAAUUCCAAAUGAUCUUGCCCAUGAUAAGUUAUUUAUGCAAGGACAUGAUAAGACUGGACGCCCAAUAGUACUUGUCUUUGCUGAACGGCAUAAGCCCACGAGUGUGGAAGAGUUUAAGCGUUAUGUCACUUAUACCCUUGACAAAAUUUGUGCUAGAAUGCCCAGUGGACAUGAGAAGUUCACUGCCAUUGCUGACCUAGAAGGAUGGGGAUACGCUAACAGUGAUAUCCGUGGAUACCUAGCUGCUGUCUCAAUUUUGCAGGACUGCUACCCAGAGAGGCUAGGCAAGAUGUUCAUAAUCCAUGCUCCUUACAUAUUCAUGACUGCAUGGAAGAUGGUUUACCCAUUUAUUGACAAAAAUACGAAGAAGAAGAUUAUCUUUGUUGACAAUAAAAAACUACAAUCGACCCUGCUUCAAGACAUUGAUGAGAGUCAACUUCCAGAAACAUACGGAGAUGAUAACAAGUAUUAA